AUGCUCAUCGGUCCGUUUGACCGCCGCAAACGGCGCCAUCGGUGCGACAGCUGUACGAGGAGCCAUUUGAAGUGUUCUGGUGAUUCCCCUUGCAGCACCUGCGUAAAACGCCACCAGCCUUGUCAUUAUCUGGUAGCAGCCCAAAAGAAACCAGCCAUUCUUGUCGACCAAGGGAGGCAGCAAACAGUUGACACCUACCCUGUCCAAGGACGACGGCCUGUUUCUAUUUCUACUAAUGGGGUGAUCAAAUCGCCCACUCCCUCAGACACAACAUUGCUCUACUUCUCCUAUUAUCAUGUCUUCCUCCAGAACAACAAAUUCUCUGGCCUGGAAACGCCACAAGAAGAUACCCUGUAUCUCAUGAAGCACGGUGACCCGGAGACCUUCCUCCGCGAAGCCAUGUUGUCCCUGGGUGCCCUGCAAGCUUCGAAGCUGUGCGGUGUCCAAAAGUCAAAAAGAACCCACUACCAGUCCGCUCUGGAAUCUUAUAUGAGGGCUAUUGCGGGACUCAGACAUGCCCUCUCCCGAUCAGGCAGAAAUAAUAACCCCCAUUUACGGCCGGGUAUUCUUUGGGCUACCUUGCUGCUUGGCCUCUUCGAGCUGAUGAAUGACGCCACCGGCGAUGGGUGGUUGCAACACCUUGUCCACGGCACAUCUCAGGCCUUGAUAGCGGGUAGCCCCUCGGCAUGCAUCUCUGGGUCUUGUGGCAGGUUCUUUACCGAAUCCAAGGUAUUCGAAGUCUGCCGAGCCAUCAUGUUCAAUCAGCCGAGUUUCCUCGCUGAAGACGGAUGGUUGGCACUCUCGGCAUCUUUACGAUCAUCCUCGACGACGUGGGGCGAGUCACAAAAAGCGCUGGAUGUUUUGCUCGAUAUCGUAGUUUUGUGCUCCUCGCUACGUGUCCGGGCGGAGAAACUCAUUAAAUCCUUACAAUCUUCAGUAUCCUCACCAGAAAUUGCGGAACAGGCCCAAGCUAUUUCACUCCAGGGCUUCUCGUUGCGCAGCCAGCUCCGGCAAUGGGCAUCUGCCAACCAUACCUUCCCUGUCUUCCGAGACUCGAGUGCACGACAAAACCCAGAUGAGAGCGUGCCCAAAACCGAAUCCCAGCUCCUGGGAGCGGCCUACUUCUCCGCCACCAGCAUAUACCUCUCCGGGGUGUUCGACUACGAGAUGUUCUACUGGCAAAGCCUAGAUUUGCCCACCUCUACCCUGAACGAGAACGAGAUCCAGCUCCACGUCGCCAUCAUCCUAGCUCUUAGCCAGCGUGUUCUGGAUGAAACCAGGCUCUCUCCGUUGCUGCUCCUGUUCCCCCUGCGGGUUGCGAGCGCACGAGCUGGGCAGACGGAACAAAAAGAGCAGAUCUUGAGUCUGCUGGGAAGGGUUCGAUCGAAUUUUGCUGUUGCUGGGGCUAUUGUGGCUGAUGUGACGAAUCUAUGGAGCCGUAAUGUAGCGGUAGAGGUUUCCCUGUAG